CUGAUCCCUGGGGCCUCCGAUUGGGAUGUCCCUAAGCCGGGCUAUGGGAGCAAGCGAUCUUGAGCCGGGUCUCCGGGGUCUGGGGACAGUCACGUGUUCUCGAGGCUCUUCUAAAACCCUGACGGCUCGGGCCCCUCCUUCUCACGGCCGCCUCCAGGUCCUGCUCCUGCCGCCGCCGCCUCCGCCACGAGCAGAAGCGACCGCGCUCAGCCGCGUAUCCCGGAGUCCAGGCAACCACGGCGGCUGGGGCAUCCUGAGGUACCCACUCCAGGCCUCGCCUGCCUCUACCGGAAUCCCGCGUCCCUGUCCUGGGUCCUGGAGCAUCUUGCGGUUUCCAAGAGGGUGGGGUGCGGACCCAGAGGACUGCAGUAUGGAUUUUGAACUUGAAGAGCAUCUUAACAAGACGAUUGUUGCGGAGAACAGUACUGCGGCUGCUCGGAAAGCUGCCUCCCCGGUCUGGGAUGACUACAGAGGUACAGAGAACAAUACUGUGGCUGCCCGGAACGCUGCCUUUCCUGUCUGGGAUGACUACAGGGGCAGCGUAGAUGAUUUACAAUACUUUCUGAUUGGUCUCUAUACAUUUGUAAGUCUUCUUGGCUUUAUGGGAAACCUACUUAUUUUAAUGGCUGUUAUGAAAAAGCGCAAUCAGAAGACUACCGUGAACUUUCUCAUAGGCAACCUGGCCUUCUCCGAUAUCCUGGUAGUGCUGUUCUGCUCCCCUUUCACACUGACCUCUGUCUUGUUGGAUCAGUGGAUGUUCGGCAAAGCCAUGUGCCACAUUAUGCCUUUCCUUCAGUGUGUGUCCGUCCUCGUUUCGACUCUGAUUUUAAUAUCAAUUGCCAUUGUUAGGUAUCAUAUGAUAAAACAUCCCAUAUCUAACAAUUUAACAGCAAACCAUGGCUACUUCCUGAUAGCUACUGUCUGGACCCUGGGCUUUGCUAUCUGUUCUCCCCUCCCCGUGUUUCACAGUCUUGUGGAACUUAAGGAAACCUUUGGCUCAGCCUUGCUGAGCAGCAAGUAUUUGUGUGUUGAGUCAUGGCCUUCUGAUUCCUACAGAAUUGCUUUCACCAUCUCUUUAUUGUUAGUUCAGUAUAUUCUGCCUUUAGUUUGUCUAACUGUAAGUCAUACUAGUGUCUGCAGGAGUAUAAGCUGUGGCUUGUCUCACAAAGAAAACAGACUGGAAGAAAAUGAGAUGAUCAAUUUAACUCUUCAUCCUUCCAAAAAAAGUGGGAACCAGACAAAACCCCCCAGCAGUCAAAAGUGGAAUUACUCAUUCAUCAGAAAGCACCGAAGAAGGUACAGCAAGAAGACAGCAUGUGUCUUACCUGCUCCGGCAGGACCCUCCCUGGAGCACCACCCAACAGUUCCGGAAAACCUGGGCUCGGUCAGAAGUCAGCUGUCUUCAUCCAGUAAGGUCAUCCCAGGGGUCCCAACCUGCUUCGAGGUGAAACCUGAAGAAAACUCAGAUGCUCGCGAGAUGAGAGUCAAGCGCUCCAUCACGAGAAUAAAGAAGAGAUCUCGCAGUGUUUUCUACAGACUGACCGUACUGAUACUAGUGUUUGCUGUGAGCUGGAUGCCACUCCACCUUUUCCACGUGGUGACUGAUUUCAAUGAUAACCUCAUCUCCAACAGACAUUUCAAAUUGGUAUACUGCAUUUGUCACUUGCUAGGCAUGAUGUCCUGCUGUCUUAAUCCAAUCCUAUACGGAUUUCUUAAUAAUGGGAUCAAAGCAGACUUGAGAGCCCUUAUACACUGCCUACACAUGUCCUGAUUCCUUGUUUACUAAGGGAAGGAGAAAUAAUAAGAUUGUCUAAAAUACAUCUGUACUAAUGAUGUAUGUAUUCAUUAAAUUUACAUGAAAGUGUCCUGGAUCUUAAUGCCAGUCCAUAAUGUAUGUAAGAUAAUUUUAAUGUAAUAAUAUGGUUAAUUCAGUUGGUUGUAGAGUCAAUAUCAAUCUAAUCUGUGACGUCAUGUUUUAAAGUAGUUACAUUUCAUGUCAUUGGUGAUAAAUGGAUAGUACUUUCUGUUUGAUGUAAAAGUGAUAGUUAACUAAAUUGAUAUUUUGUACAAAAAUGUAAGGAGCCAAAUGAUUCUUACAAGAAAGAAUAUUUAAUAUAGAUUUAAGGACUUUCUAUUACCUAGAUAUCCUCAUUUCUAUUUCACAGGCUUCUUAAUAAUUUUUGUAAAAGUACAAAAAUAUUUAAUAUGCACCCAAAUUCUAAACUCUACUAUAAAUGUAUGCUUAAAUUAUGAUUAUAAAUUUACAGGACAAUGAUUCUCUCCUGUUAUUGAAGAUUGGUGAAAUUAUCAGUCUAACCUGGAUGUAUUACUAUUAAUAAUUAUCAAAUACAAAUAGGUUUUAAAUCUUGUUUAGAGUUACAUCACAUUAAAAACUAUCAAAUAAAAGUUGCUUUCAUAUACACUUUUCAUGUUCUAAAAUGUGAAGUCUCAAAGGUGUCUGUAUUUACAAUUAUUAAAUAACU